AUGACCACAACCCACGACUCCCCGGAAUCCAUCUCCUCGUCCCAGCGAGAGCUUGAAACUUCCGCCGAACGGAGAGCCAACGUUCAAGCACAGCUCAAUCAACGGCUUGACCCCGAGUGUCCGGGGCCAGGUGGGGGGAAGUUAACAUAUGUAGAGACCUGGCGACUGGUCAAUCUCGCGAACGAGGUCUUUGGGUACAACGGCUGGAGCUCGAGCGUCGUGCGCAUGACGGUGGAUUACGUGGACUGCGACGAGCACACACAGCGGUACGGGCGUCGGGGUGUCAGUGGUCAUGCGCGUGACCCUGGAGGAGGAGGAGGGACGGCGCUAGACAAGGUGCGGAACCCUGGCUGGGAUAUCUUCUCCGCUGCCGACACUGCUGAUAGUGUAAGAAGGAGGCGACAAACGACGCCGCUGAAGCGGACGUUGCGCACCUUUGGGAAGGCCCUCGGUAACAGCUCCACCAAGGAGAGAUACAUGACCGAGAUGGCCGGGUCAGGGUCGACAGAGGGCAACAUUCUGCGGACUGCUGUAGCGGCUUCUGCCUUUGCUGACAUCGACAAACUGCUGUCGUCGUUGACUGCAGGUCUGCAACUCAGUGAUUCAGGCCCUGCAUUUCGUGCCGGCUCGGAGGACGGCGCGACUUUAGAGGAUAGAGCGGCAGAGGAUAGCGCUUCACGUUGA